AUGCCAGCUACAACAGCUGGAACAACACGUGGAACAACAUCAGGCACAACACCAGGUACAACACCAGGCAUCACACCAGAUGUUGUGAUUUCUUUUGUCAUCACCUUCAAUAACACAUACCAGAGUGAUCUCGCAGACUCAUCGUCUCCCGCGUUCAUCAAUUUGGCCAGUGCUGUGUGCAACCGCUUGAUUGAGUAUUUCGAGAGCCUGACGAAUGGCGUUAUCAUAUGCAUAGUAUUACGGUUCAGAAGCGGCAGUGUACUGACAGAUGUUAACUUGACCUUCCCUGCUAACAACGCCUCCCAGGCACAGAACAUCAUGGAUAAUGUUGGAAUCGUUACCGCGAGGGAUAUAGGAUACCUACCGGUAGUUGGCGAUGAAACAUACUUCCCAGUCUACGUCAACUCAAACGGCUUGGUGACAACAGCUGAGUCUACUACAAUACAAACAGAAACAACGACAGAGCCACAAGGAUUGUCUAAUGGAUUGAUCAUCGCUAUCGUGCUAGGUAUCGUCGCAGGUAUUCUUUCCAUCAUCGUCUGCAUGUGCUGUCUCUUGAUACAGGUAUCACGGAAGAACGCAGCAAAGUUUGCUCUAGGAGAGGAGUACCGUAGUCCGUACAGCGGGGAAACCCCUGCCUCUAACAGUGAUGAUCCAUGGGAGAGAUCGGGAAGCUACAAUUCUCUCGAUCGCCGUGAAUAUGCAGUUGGCCAAGCGGUAGAAAGAUUCUGGCAGGACCAUGAUAGUGAAAAAGAUAAUGGACAAUUCCAGACACCAUACAUCGUAGGAGGAGAUGACAAUGUUGGGGUUGAACGGAACUAUUUCACCUACUGAAGAAAUCUUUCAGACGCUGGAUCAGGAAAUCUAUUUUUUUUUAAAGAAGCUCUGGGAAUUAUAAAGAAAAUGUGUAUGAGCUGUUCGUAGGAAUUUUCAAAGGGAAAAAAUGCCUCUUGAAACAAAUUUUACUUCAGCUACCUAUAUGUUCAAUGUAAUUUCGAAAUAAAUUACAAAAGUUUGUGGACUCUCAGCAAAACUGGGCAAUCCAUUAUAAUUUUUGAUGAUUCUGAAACAUAACAGUAAACAUCAAUUGUUGUAUGUUAAUUGCUAUCUGCAUACAUUUUUCCCAAUCGCCAUCACUUUGUUUCGUAAUCCAGUCACAUGACCAGAACCAAACUUUAUCUUUAAGUAGCGCCAUUUUGUUAUAUGUAUUGAAUACUCAUUUUGCGUUUACAUUUUCCUUUGUAAUAUGAUUAUCAAUUCACCUUCCACUGAAUGAUUUAUUCAUUCAUUCAUUU